AUGGGAGGUUGGAUGAAUGGGGUUUGGUCUUGGGGGAAUUUAGGGAUUAAUCCGUUGGUUUUAGCCGAGCAUAACCUUGAGUCGGAGAUGGAUUCCUUGGGUGUUUUGUUGGAGGGCCGUGGGCCUUGUAAUGAGGAUGGUGAUGAGACGGUGUGGAGAGCCAAAUCGGACGGAGUUUUCUCUGUGGCUUCUUGUUAUAAGUUUUAUGUCGGUUCUCGUAUUCCAUAUGGUCCUUUUAAUAAAUAUGAUGGGGCUUUAAGCUUGGUGUGGAAAUCGGAAGUUCCGUUCAAAAUUAAGGCGUUUGGUUGGAGACUCCUUGUGAAUAGGCUUCCAACAAAGGAUUUACUCCUUCAUAGAGGCAUUAUAUUUACGGUAGAAAAUUCCAAGUGUGUUUUUUGUGGUGUUGAUCCAGAAAGUCGGAAGCAUUCUUUCUUUACUUGCUCUUCGGUUAAGGCGGUUUGGUGUUCAAUGGCUAUGUGGAUUGGUAAACCGUAUGGAGGGGUGGAGGAAGAUUGCUUGAGUGGUUUUAUGGAUUGGUUAUCCUUUUGUAAAAAAAAAAAGAAAGUUAAAGAAGGUAAACUAGGAGUAGUUUGGUUAGAAACUUUAUGGACCCUUUGGCUUUAUAGAAAUGGGGUUUGUUUUCUUAAUGAAGUGUGGAAUGUGGAUAAUACUAUUUGGAGCAUCAAGUUUUUGGUCACUCUCGCCAAACACCCGAACAACAAGGAAGAAAACGAUCUUCAAAUCGAUGACGAUUGA